CAACACCUCUGCCACUAGAGGGCAGUGGCUGCAUUAAGGCUGCCGGAAGUCCGCACUGCUCCGAUACCAACGAGGAAGAAAAAAGUAGUGCAACAUGGCGACUCCCAUGCAUAGACUAAUAGCCAGACGACAAGCGGAGGCAAACAAACAACAUGUCCGCUGCCAGAAGUGUUUGGAGAUGGGACACUGGACCUAUGAAUGCACAGGGAAGAGGAAAUAUGUGCACAGACCAUCAAGAACGACUGAGUUGAAAAAGAAACUCAAGGAGAAUGAAAACAAACCCCUCAGCAUUACUGGACCAGGAAACGAAGGCACCAGUGAAAAGAAAGUGAAAAAGAAGGCUAAAGACACCAGUGACAGCAGCAGUGAUUCAGACGGCUCCUCCAGUGACUCAUCGUCAGACAGCAGUGACUCUUCCAGCUCCUCUUCAGAUGACAGCGACAGCAGCAGUGACAGCGACAGCUCUUCUUCAUCCUCCUCUUCCUCCUCCUCUUCAUCCUCUGACAGCUCAGACUCAGGAAGCAGCAGCGAUUCAGAUCAGGGACCUCCAAAGAAGAAGAAGAAGAAGAAAUAAACAAAUUCACUGGAGUCGGAUUUUCCUGUUGUUGUUUGUUUCCCAAAGUAAUUUUAGCUAUCCACAUUUCUAUUCCUUUUGCUCAGAUCUGAUAGGACACCUUCAGGAACCCUACAGUUGCAUAUUGCUUAUAUGGUUUUAGCAAAAAUGAAGAUCAGAAAGAAGAUAUUAUCAGGUUUUGUUUUCAAAACUUAUCUCCCUCGUUUCUUCUAUUGAUGUGAUACUUUCUCAUGUUUUUAGGUCUGCUGAGGAUAAAAAAUUUAGAUAUGUGAGGAAACUAAUGUGCACAUUCAUGUUGAAUUUGUGAUUUUGUACUAAAGUAUAUUUUUAGUCAAACUCGAUCUGUACAGCUGACAACCUUCAGAAAGCAACACUUAUCUAGUGCUGAGAAGACAUUGAUGAGACCUUUUUGAUGAGACUGUAUAAAAUUUCUGUUUCUUAAUUUUUUAAUUAGACGUUAAAAGGUCUCCUUGCUGUGUUACUGCAGUUGCUUGUAUUCGUUGUAAAAUAAACAUUACUUUCUUUUGUUUUUAAGACUCUUGCAUAUUUACUAUUGUAACAUGUUGUUUUUAACUGGACAUAAACACAUUGUGACAAACAA